AUGCUCAUAAAAGAGUAUCGGAUUCCUCUCCCCAUGAGCGUUGACGAGUAUCGGAUUGCCCAGCUGUACAUGAUCCAGAAAAAGAGCCGGGAAGAGACUUGUGGUGAAGGCAGCGGCGUGGAGAUUUUGGAAAACCGACCGUAUACCGAUGGCCUAGGUGGCGAUGGGCAGUACACUCAUAAAGUAUAUCAUAUUGGUAUGCAUAUUCCCAGCUGGUUUCGAUCGAUACUCCCCAAGGCUGCCCUCCGAGUGGAAGAGGAAUCCUGGAAUGCAUAUCCUUAUACGAGGACGAGGUACACCUGUCCAUUUGUGGAGAAAUUCUCCAUCGAUAUUGAAACCUAUUAUAUAUCUGACUCAGGAGAGCAAGCCAACGUGUUCAACCUUUCCCCUGCAGAGAAGAGGCAGACUGUUCUGGAUCCUAUCGAUAUUGUUAAGGAUCCCGUCCCACCCCACGAAUACAAAUCAGAGGAGGACCCAAAGAUAUUUAAAUCAGCCAAGACAGCCAGGGGCCCUCUGCCAGAAGACUGGAUCAAAGAGCACAAGAAUAAACCCGGGAAGUAUCCCAUCAUGUGUGCCUAUAAACUGUGCAAGGUGGAAUUUCGUUACUGGGGGAUGCAGUCGAAAAUUGAGCGUUUCAUCCAUGAUGUUGGUUUACGGAAAGUGAUGGUAAGGGCUCACCGACAGGCUUGGUGUUGGCAGGACGAAUGGUACGGACUCACCAUAGAGGACAUCCGGCAGCUGGAGAAGGAGGCCCAGCUGAUGUUGGCUCAGAAGAUGGCCCAGUUCAGCAUCAACGAGCCUGAUCUAGAACCACACCUUCCCCAAGACUCCUUGAAUGAGCGCAGUGUGGAAUCCAAGGCCAUAUCGCCAUCCAUCGAGGGGGUGGAUGCCACAAGCAAUACUGACGAAUCUUUGCCAGGGCGAGUGCUAACUAAGCAGUGGUCAACGUCUUCCAAGUCCUCUUCGAAAAGGGGAGCAAGCCCCUCGCGCCAUAACAUCUCGGAGUGGAGAAUGCAAAGCAUUGCUCGGGACUCGGAGGAGAGCUCCGACGAGGAAUUCUUCGAUGCACACGAGGAUCUGUCUGAGAACGAAGAGGUGUUCCCGAAAGAGAUUACAAAAUGGAGUUCAAACGAUCUCAUGGAUAAGAUUGAAACGGCAGAAACGGAUGAAGUCUCAGACGAUCCUGGCCUGGAAUCGGCAGCGGGAUAUCAUGUCGGAUGCAGCGUGGAAAGACUAAGCAUUAUUGAGGAUGAAGUGACACCUCCACGGGUGCAGCCCAGCCAGAUCCAUGUCCUCCUUUUGGUUCUGCAUGGAGGCAACAUCCUUGAUACAGGGAGUGGGGAGCAGAGCUCCAAGCAGGGGGACGUCAACACCAUCGCCACCGCCUUUGAGACCGUCAUCAGGGUCCAUUACCCAGCUGCCCUUAGUCGGAUAGCCAUCAAACUGGUCCCUUGCCCAGCUAUCUGCUCGGAAGCAUUUUCUCUGGUUUCCAACCUCAGCCCAUAUAGUUACGACGAAGGCUGCCUUUGCAGUAGCCAGGAUCACAUCCCCCUCGCUGCGCUUCCUCUCCUGGCUACGUCCUCCCCGCAGUACCAAGAGGCGGUUGCCACAGUGAUCCUGAGAGCCAAUCAGGUGUACAGCGACUUCAUCAAGUCCCAAGAAGGUGUAUCGUUCAACGGGCAGGUGUGUCUGAUAGGGGACUGCGUGGGAGGAAUCCUGGCAUUUGACGCCCUGUGUUAUAGCAACCAGACCAUGCUGGAGAGUCAAAACAGUAGCCGGCGUGGGAGCGUCAUCAGCGUGCAGGACGCGGAUCUCCUGUCUCCCGGCAUCCUGGUGAACAACAGCUACUGCUCGGAAGGCUGUGGGCUGGAAGCCAGCCGGCAUCUCAGCCGGAGCACGGCAGAUCUGCCGCGCAGCAACGAGGAAGACCCCCAGAAGCAGCAGCUGCUGCGGAAAAGGAGCGACUCCUCCACCUUCGAGCUGGACACCCUGAAGCAGCACCAGGCGUUCCUGUCCAGAAAUAGUUUACAUUCUAGUGCUCUGAAGAACUUUCCGGGAUCACGGCGAUCCAGUAGCUCCACUCAGUUGGACGGUGGUGGGAAUCUUGGGAAGCUUGAAUUUGAGAUCUCAGACUUCUUCCUCUUUGGGUGUCCGCUGGGGCUGGUCCUUGCCUUACGAAAAACCAUCAUACCAACUCUUGACAUCUUCCAGUUGAGACCAGCCUGCCAGCAAGUCUACAACCUCUUCCACCCAGCUGAUCCUUCUGCCUCUCGCUUGGAGCCUCUUCUAGAGAAGAAGUUCCAUAUUUUACCUCCCUUCAACAUACCACGUUACCAGCGGUUCCCUCUUGGGGAUGGCAAUUCAGCUCUUCUGGUGGAAACAGUCCAGAACAAUCCUGCCCUCCUCGUUGAAAGCAACCUUCUGGUUGCUCUUCAGAACCAGGACAACUUCAUGGAAACCAGUAUCCCCGUCCCCACCUUGAACUGGCAAGACGUUUCCAAUAAAAAUUCUGGAUUUGCUGAGUCAGAUGUUGUUCAGUCUCAUGGUGGCGUCUUGGUGGAAAACGCAUCCCCGUCUGCUCCCGUUUCCACUCCCCAGUUCAGGGCCUUCCGGAGAGCAAGUGAAGUGAGCACUGUCAGCCAGGUGUCGGGGAUGGCAGACAGUUACACUGCUUCCAACAUAGCCAACAAGAAAAAACACCAUCUCAACCACUCCAGAGGGUUUAGCCUUCUGGCUCUCCUAGCGCUCCCCCACAAACCCCACAUCCAGUCCUUCCCCCAGAGGACUGGGGGGCACAAGCUCGAAAGAUCCCCGAAUCCUUUAGGACGAAGGUUUGAGAGCUCCCUCCACAGGGAACUGGAGACCGUUCAUCUGAUUCCAGAGCUUGACGUCCAUGAAGUUGCGGCAAAGUGGUGGGGAACCAAAAGGAUUGACUAUGCUCUCUACUGUCCGGAUGCACUGACCGCCUUUCCCACAGUCGCCUUACCACAUCUCUUUCAUGCUAGUUACUGGGAAUCCACGGACGUGGUCUCCUUUCUCCUCAGACAGGUGAUGCGCCAUGAGAACAGCAGCAUCCUUGAAGUGGAUGGGAAAGAAGUCUCCGUCUUCACGCCUUCCAAACCCAGAGAGAAAUGGCUGCGCAAACGGACUCACGUCAAGCUACGGAAUGUCACAGCCAAUCACCGAAUCAACGACACCGUAGCCAACGAGGAAAGGCCCCAGGUGUUGAACGGGAGAUUCAUGUAUGGCCCGUUGGACAUGGUCACGCUCACAGGGGAGAAGGUGGACAUUCACAUCAUGACCCAGCCCCCCUCAGGAGAAUGGGUUUACUUUGAUACAGAGGUCACCAACAGCAGUGGCCGGGUUUCCUACAUGAUUCCUGAGCAGAGGCGGCUGGGGAUCGGAGUGUAUCCUGUCAAAAUGGUGGUGAGGGGUGAUCACACAUAUGCCGAUAGCUACAUAACCGUUUUACCCCGGGCGACCGAAUUCGUGGUCUUCAGCAUCGAUGGUUCCUUCGCAGCCAGCGUCUCCAUCAUGGGCAGCGACCCCAAAGUCAGGGCUGGAGCAGUUGACGUCGUACGGCACUGGCAAGAGCUCGGCUACCUCAUUGUCUACGUCACAGGCCGGCCCGACAUGCAGAAGCAGAGAGUGGUGGCCUGGUUAGCACAACACAACUUCCCCCACGGGAUUGUCUCCUUCUGCGACGGACUGGUUCACGAUCCCUUGCGGCACAAAGCCAACUUCCUGAAGUCUCUAGUCACGGAUCUGGACAUGAAGAUCCAUGCGGCCUAUGGAUCCACCAAGGAUGUCUCCGUCUAUACUUCCAUCAACUUGUCCCCUCCACAGAUCUUCAUUGUCGGGCGGUCUACCAAAAAGUUGCAGAACCAAUGCCAAUUCAUCACGGAAGGCUACGCGUCCCAUCUGGCCCAGCUGGAGUACACCCAUCGCUCCCGGCCUGCCAAGAACACUACUCGAAUGGCUCUCCGGAAGGGCAGCUUCGGACUUCCGGGCCAAACUGAAUUCCUGCGCAAGAGGAACCAUCUCUUGCGGACCAUCUCCUCCCAGCCCACCACAUCAGCUGGCCAGAGUGCCAGUCACCGUCCAGAACGGACGCAAAGCCAGUCCGAAAGCGAGCGGGAAAGGGACCGAGAACGCAGCCAACGGAGCAUGAGUCUUGCCACAGGCUGCUGGGGCCGAAGCCCGCUCCCGAGGCUCGAACCGGGGAACUUGGGUCAGAAGUAG